CUAGAAUCUAGAUGGUGAAAAUGAUAAGUUGUUUUGUUGUGUUAUCCAAAAGAUUGUCACCUCCGGUACUUCAAACUAGCUAGAUAUCCCACGUCCAUUCCCGCGGCCGGACAACCGACCCGGUUCCGGGAAUUUGCCCACAUGGCCGCACUCGGUUGGACGUUUCCGAACGGUACGAUCCUGUGGCAGUGCGGAGGAUCGCUGAUUUGGGAGAACUUCGUGCUGACCGCGGCUCACUGUCUCAUUGAUAAAAGAAACCAGCCACCCGAUGUGGUCCGGUUGGGUGACCUGGACCUGUUCAGCGCCGAAGAUGACACGUACGCACAGCAGUUGAAAAUCGUAAAGAUUCUUCGACAUCCCGAGCACACGUUCAGCGCCAGCUAUCACGAUGUAGCAUUGCUGAAGCUAGAAUGGAACGUGACCUUAGACCAGACGGUGAUACCGGCCUGUUUGUGGAGCGAUGGUGAGGUAAGAUUUCGCGAGAUGGUGGCAACGGGUUGGGGAAACACCGGCUUCGCUCAAAAACGUACGCCAACCUUGCUGAAGGUUUCGUUGAAACCGAUCUCCAAUGAACAGUGCAGUGAAUUUUAUCCUCCGACGCGGAGACUACGCGAAGGUCUCCAAGAUCAGCACCUUUGUGCAGUGGACGAGGAAAUGGACACCUGCGAGGGGGAUUCUGGUGGUCCCCUGCAGGUGAAACUGUUGCACAACUCCCGGAUGACACCGUUCGUGGUCGGAGUUACAUCGUUCGGGGGUGUUUGUGGAACAUCUAACCCGGGAGUUUACGCGAAGGUAGCGUUCUUCUACGACUGGAUUAUGGCUACGAUGCGGGAUCAUAACGCUGUUGGACUUGAAGUGGACUACAACGCUACCUUGUACGCGUUGCGCUACGCUUCAUUGCGAGAGUUUGACGAUCAAGUUCGGAUUGAUGAGGAAAGAUCGAAUAAUUUCACAGCUGUGGACAUGACUAGGGUGAGAAUUUCUAGCCGUGCAUUGCCGAUACAGAUGGUUGAGGUUGGACACAAUUGUUACGGUGUUAUUGUGGAUGAGGAUACAGUGAUCACGGUGGCCGAUUGCACAAACUUGGAAGGGUUGUAAGCGGA